AAUGGACCAAUGGCAUUCGAGUAUUUUGAAACAUGUCAAAGGUCCUUUACAUGCCGGUUGUUUACGUUUUAUUUCAAGAUUUUAAAUGCUUUUUUUAAACUAAAUAAUGUAUUUAAGCGAUUCUGAAUCAAGCAGUGACGAAUCGGGCAUUCAAAAGAAAGCUUUAGAUGUCUGUAUACCCGAAAACUUCGAUCCAAACUCCAUACCACAAACAGGUGAAGAAUAUCUGCAACAUGUAAUAUACGAAAGAACAAAGAAAUGUAAGAAAUGGGUAACAGCAAAAGCUGAUUUUACUAAGUUUACCAAAAAUCAGACAGUACACAUUAACAAGGACGUAGCAACAAGUAAAGCUUUAGACAAGUUUUACCCAACAAAAGAUUGGCAAGAUAACGCUCUAAAAGACUUUAUUCAACUGAGAAAUUUUGUUAACAACUCCAAAACAGCUUUGCCUUUGAGAGACAGGUUCAGAACUGAAGAUUUACUGAGAAAAAUCCACGAAGCUGCGCCAAAAUUCUCGGAAAUCACUCAGUACUCUCAGGCAGCAAAGGUGCAACUGUUACAAGAUAUAACAAACACAUUAAAACAAGACAGGACUUUUAUAAACAACAAUGUUGGAUCGUGGAUCUAUGCCAUACUGGUUUUGCUGGAGAAACCCUUAACUCCAGAUUGCUGUUUUAAAUUGAGGGAAUUUACAAAGAUUUGUGCUGAUAUUAGGGCAGGUUUAAGUGACAGUGUUAAUGAGGAGGUUGCUGCACCUUUGAAUUUGUAUAUUUGUAUUAUUGCUAGGUAUUUUAAUCAAUUGGAUUUAGCAGACUGAUUUUUUUUUCUAGAAAUAUAUUUUAGAAAUAUA